AUGGUCGAAUCUAUUGACUUCAAUAGUGCUAUAAAACAACAGAAAUGUACUAAUUGUGACGUUAAUAUUGAUGACACAGAAAGAAAUCUGUUUAAAAAGAUUGUUCUUUACAUACAAACUACUUUGAUCUAUAGAGUGUUUGCCAAUAUUGAAUGGCUGUUAUUUAAAGUUUUCCAAAGACUGUGGGCAAUGACAAAGACAUUGGAGUAUAAUUCCAGAAAGAAACUAAUUACUAAAGUGAAAAGAUAUAUCAAUCGACUAUGCCAUAAAUUGACCACGGAGCAAGUUGCUGAAGCUCUAGCUGAGGCUGAAGCUGAGAUCGAAAGGGAUGAGAGGGGAUGUGGUAAUGGUGUCGCUGAAUUGUUGGCACAAUUGGAAAUUGAUGAAAGUAAAUCUAUUGUCAGAAUGAACAAUAGCAGCAGCAAUGGCAAUAACAACGAGAACAACAGCAGCAGCAACAGCAAUAACAAAAGCAAUAUUAUAACAGCAAGUAAUAAGAGUUUUGAAUUGCUAAAGGAAAAAUAUAUCAAAGAGUCUCUAAAAUUACAGGCUUCAACUAAUAAUGGAACUAGAAGAAAAAUCAGCAAUACUAAAAUCGUAGAAAUCGAGUAUUCAAAACCGCCAUUGGCAAUGAGUGAGACAAGUGAAAAAAUGAGUUCAACUUCAAUUGAUGAAACUAUGUAUACGCCCAAUGAAACAAAUGCAAUAGAAGAACAAAGUCAAAGUCAAAUCCAACUUCAAAAUCAAAAUCAAAAUCAAAAUCAAAAUCAAAAUCAAAUUCAAAAUAACAGUGAGAAUUAUAUUUCUAAUGAUAAUCCAAAGAAUUUAACAGCAAAGGAUAUGGGCACACACCAAAUGAUUGCAACUUAUGAUAAAGAUGGUAGAAUGUCAAUAACAAUGAAAAAAUUAACAGAAGAAGAAUUAAUGGAUAGAUCAUAUAUCUUGGAGGAAAUGAAGGAUUCAAUAAUUUGGAAAGAACCCAAUGAAACACAAGAUGAACAAGUGUCACCACAAGUAGAUGUAAAUAUUUUUGAAACAAUUAAAAAUAUUUACAAUACAGAAGAAUCAUUAUCAUCUUCAUCACAAGAUAAAGACAUGACACUAAAUAAUUCACAGUUAAAUGAAUUAUCAAAUUAUUUGAAUACAAAUGUCGAACAAUUACAAAGAGAAAACUCUCCAGAGAGCAUUCAAUGGUGGUUAGAAGAAUGUAAUUAUCAAACUAUAUUCAAUUCCUAA